AUGGCACAGUUUCGUCCGGGUCGGGAAGUAAUGGUGGUGGGCGUUGGGUUGCAUCCUUUCGGGCGCUUCCCGGAAAAGAGCCUGUCGGAUCUGGCGCGGGACGCCGUGGUAGAGGCUCUGAAAGACUCCGGCGUGCCUUGGCAGGCCAUCCCGGUGGCGUACUUCGGCCACGUUUACUAUCAGGGGAUGUCAGUCGGCGAAACGACACUGGCGCAACUGGGUCUGACCGGAGUUCCCAUAAUCAACGUGGAGAAUGCCUGUUCCAGCGGAUCAACCGCAUUCUGGCAGGCGUACUGGGGUAUCACAUCGGGAGUGUUCGACAUGGCCCUCGCGUUCGGGGCCGAGAAGGUGCCGGGUGGCCCGGUGUCGGUAACCGCUGACGACAGCCCGGCACGUUUCAUCGGCGGCGACCACAUGAUGGCUGGAUACGCGCUGCGCAUGACGCGGUACAUGGAAGAUACCGGCGCUCCGGCGUCUGCAUUGGCCCAGGUGACGGUAAAGGCUCGCCAAAACGCCGCGUUGAACCCCUAUGCCCACCGCAAAGAAACCUAUUCGGUGGAGGAAGUGCUCAACUCCCGCAUGAUCGCAGAUCCAUUGACACUGUACAAAAUCGCUGCCGCAGCGAAGGCGUGA